GUCAGAAGAUGCACAUUAAAUCUGAUAAACGACUUCCUCAAAACACCAUAGUUCAUUUCGCAGAGAAACUUAAAGUUUUGGAUUUUGUAACAUGAAUAUUUACGAAGGUCUGAAUUCCUUUUCAUCCUAUAAAUUUGUUUGGAAUAAGUGCGAAUUUCCUCUCAUCGAUUUUGUUAAAUUUUAUCCAUUUCCUCAAAUAGUUCAGAUUAAGGACGGUUUUUGUGGGAGCAGCGAAGAAACGUCGUUAUCUGAAGGAGAUAUUCUUCAUCUACACGUCCUCAAAGAAACUCAAUGUUUUUUGGCGCAAACAGAAUGUGUCAAGGAUGUUCAAAUUCCAUUAAACCUCUCACAAAAAGUCAAUGUGUGUUACGAAAAAUCUUUUAAAGAAGUGAGAUCGCCAAAGAUCUUGAAAAAUUUGUUCCCUGACAAGUAUAAAAAAGUUCAUCUACAAAGUAACCUGAAAAAUUAUCUGGACAAUGACGAUGUUUAUUUCGCUGGCGAUACUUUAGAUGUUGUUGAAUUUGAUAUUUCAAAAAAGCAAUUGGUUUGUUUGAACAAGGAAAACCUUUAUGUAAGGUUUAGUAUGCGUCAACUGGUUCAUAUGAAAGUCACAGAUAUCACAACAGCUUCGUUUUUCCUUGCCGAAAUAUAUAAAAGAUUCAACUUACCUGUGGUUGUUUUGUUUGGACAACAGGCGAAAUUUAAAGGUUUAGUCACUUUACAAAAAGUUAUAACUUUGCAAACUGUUAUAGCCUCCAGCUGGCACGAAGAUGGUAGGAAAAUUUUGACUUUUCCCGCUGACCUCGAGAUUUCAUUGGUGCCACCUUCCCAGGAAACGAUAUACGAUCUUACGUAUCGUAGGCUCUUGGAUGGAGUGCACAAGCGCUUAAAUGUUGAUAAAAUUGAAGGAACAAUUGGGCCUUGCGAGAUAUGCGAUGUCAGCCAACCUUGUGCUGUUAAGGCAAUACCUGUCGGAGCUUUUCUGUUGGAUAGGCCAACAGACAAGGGAAAUAAAAGCGAAAAUGACAGCGAGAGGAUCGAUUCGUUUGAAGAGAACAACAAUUCGUUUCAAUCACGUGAUGAACAAUCUGCGUAUAGAAAUUUUUCGGAAGAAUUUCCGUCUGAUGCUAGUGGCUACUUAUGCCCGAAGGAUGUCCUUGAAAAGUUGGAAAAUUAUCGACAGGGCUCCGAUAGUUCCUCGAGGUCUCACGAGGCUAUGUGGACCAAUCAGGAUAGGGACAAUCGAUGUACCGAUGCGUCACCUCACAUGAGUACCAAUUUUCUUAAGGAAAAAUUUCCUGAUUUUUCUGAACCUACAGAAAAUGUCUACGAGUCCAUCAGGAGAAAUGCAAGCAUACCACAUUAUCACCACGUACCAAUGACAGCUAUGAACGAGCAAGAAGUCUCAAAUAUCGAUGUUUUCCAGGCAGAAUUAGUAAAUCCUACGGAGAGAGAAACUUCCUGUCCAUUAUCUUCAACAAUUUAUGAGCAACUUCAUCCUGACAAUGUGGUUCAGGAUUGCAUUGACAUUCCAGAUAUGAAUGAGACAUCUUUAACCACGAAGCAAGAAUCACCUGACGUUAAACGACAUCAUACCUGUCGAAGUAUAAAAGACUUCUCAAAUGAGGACGUCUGUUCACUGCUAAGGGAGUUAAACCUCGAGCAAUACGAAGAUAUGUUUAAAAGAGAGCAAAUCGAUGGUAGAUUGCUGGUAGAUAUGAACGAGAACAUGUUGAUAAAUGAUUUUAAAAUGCCCUCGUUUCAUGCUAUGAAGUUAAGAAAAGCUGUCAUGAACAAUUGGAGACCUUUAAUAUUUCCAUCAUGACAAUAUAAAGUUAAAAACAUGAGCUACAUUUUGGCCAAUGGAUUACUACGUAGUGGACUGUUGUGAGAGGUUUUGUGGCCUUAUCUACUUGAUCAUAAUAUUUUCAAACGCUUCAAUGUUUUCUUUAAGGCAAAAAGCCACAAUUUAAACUGUAAAAUCAAUGGAGUAAGAUAUCGAUUCAAAGUUAUCGAAGCUUCAUUUCCUUAAGAAAAUACGAGCACCUUUUUAACAGGUUAAAAAUCC